AUAUAUAUAUAUAUACUCUAAUAUUUUCUGUUACAUUAGUCUAGCAACAAAGGAGAAUAAGGUGGCAUUAUCUGUGGAGAUUACUGAGAGGGAAUCUGUUAGGAUUUAGUUCUUUCUGCUAUUGAUAUAUGUAAUACUCAAAUUACUUUUUAAUUCUUAAUUUACUCAAAUUUAUGGAGAAAUUAAUCCCCUUACCUGAAGCAGCAAUCUGUUUCAGAGAUCUGGUAGCUUUGCAAAACUGUUUUUGGAGCAUUACAAUAGCAUUUUAAGGAAUUGGAGAAAAACUGGGAAGUUAAAUAAAAUGGGGUUAGAGGAGGAGGAUUUUCCUGGAAAAUAACUAUAAAUCUCGAAAUAAUCAUUAGAAGAUUAGACAGUAUUGGUUUAAGAAGAGCUGGGAUAGGAGCUUUGAGAUUUUUUUACCAGUUAGCCGAGCCCAGAAAUGGAUGAAGGGAGAGAGAAGCAAAACGAGUGUCAAGUUGAGAAUUCGUGGAUUCCAAAAACUCCUCUUAAGCAUAACAUAGGAACAUCACAAGUGAUCUACACAAACAGGCAACUGGAGCAGCAAGUAAAUGGGUUGGGAUCAAAGGGGCUUUCUCAAAAAAUUAGUAAUGGAACAUUGGGUGCAUGUUUAGAUUCUAUGGAUGACAACUGGGAAGCAGCUUUAGGAAGAAAGAGCAUUACCUGUGACCCUUACGAAACAUGCAGAGAAUUUCCCACCGACGGCUCAGCAACAUGGAACUUUACAUCCCUUUUGGCUCUCCAAGAUCAGGCAUCAAGAGAAUCCACAAGUUCAGCAUCACACCGCCCAUGGCUAAAUGCCAAAUACAGACUGGAAUCCCAGUUUGAACUUGCCUACGACCUCAACUUAACUCCCGGAGAAACAGCAGAUUCAUUCUCUAGUAAGGCCUGCUCGCAAAUGUUUCCAGUAACACCAGAUAAGGCUGCAAGAGUAGAAGGCGAACAAGUCCCUCAAAUGCAAUACUUAUGCACAGAUGAAAGAGCAAGUCAGGAAAGAAAUGAGCUGGAGAAUGGAAUUGCUAGUACAGCAGUUGACACCGAUAAGCUCCAAAAGUCAGCAAAAGAUUCAUCGCGUGCUGCUGUUUGUGAAUUAGUCAAUGAGAAUCAUAGUCCUGGCAAGGAUGGUAGCCAUGCUAUUAGCUUGAGUGAAACGCCACAGCUUGAAACACCGCAACAGAAACCUAGGAGGAGAAAGCACAGGCCAAAAGUAAUCACAGAAGGCAAACCUAGGCCUCGAAAACCAGUGACACCAAAGCCUGCUCUUAACACUGAAAGCCCAACUGGUAAGAGGAAGUAUGUGAGAAAGAAACCAGUCAACGAUACCCAAACAACCCCUCCAUCAGAAUCUACAGGUACCCCAACGGGGAAGAGGAAGUAUGUGCGAAAGAAACCUCUGAACAAGGACUCAACAAAUUCCCCAGUAGAAGCAACUGGAGAGACUACUGAUCCAGUACUUGAGCCUGCUAACAAGUCAUGCAGAAGGUCAUUAAAUUUUGAUAUUGAAGAACAACCUCGUGAUGACAGCUCCAAAUGUAAGCCAAAUUCUAAUGGAGAUUCUCAACCACAAGCACAAGAUGUUAGUAGAGGAAAUCAACCAAAAUCAACUGUGGCUAUUGGGCGAGGAAUUGAAGUGAUGGUGGAAACCACGCAAACAGGCAUUGCAUAUGAUCUCACUCGUUCUGUGAAUCAAAUGCUUAAAGAUUACAUCUCAUUGCCUGAAAAGCAAAUACCAACACUACCACUUCCAGCAAAGACUUACCCCCUAAGGAGUAAACAGAAUGAUAAUUCCCAAAGGAGAGAUGCCAAAGCAGAAGAUCCAGUGACUGCCCAUAGUGUACAGCAGAACACUACAAAGAUCAUGUUGCAAGCUGACACUCAAUUGCCACCAGUAAACCCCAAUAUCUCCAACUGCAGCAACUCCACAACCUUGGCAGAGGAAGCACAAGCAAAUGGAUCAAAGAGAAAGCUCUACAGUUUCAUCCAACAGCCCGAUACCUGCAGCACAAAUUUAACUGGGAUUCAACACAAUGCUUUAUCUUCAUAUCAGAAAAUGCCUGCAGUACUCUUUCCAAGCAUUUUCAAGAAAAAGAGGACUGAGAAGGGACAAAAUUCAACAACAUCCAGCACGUCCAGUGUGACAGCUGCAAAAGACAUAGUGAGACAAGAAAUAACAUGCCCGCAAAGAGAUGCCAAAGGAAAUCCUUCUAUAUCAGAAGUUAAUGGCUUGACUUCUGCUCCUUAUUUCAAUGCUAAUGGACACCUUCAGCAUAAGCUACAACCUUCUAGUUCCGACUUCUGUCAAAUAGAGAGGUCAAGAAAAAAGAGAUCCAGAGGUCCUACUCGGGCUCGAGACUUGGCUUCACUGACCAAAAUUGUAAGGGGCGAAAUAUCAAAUUUUGCUUCGACACAGGUACCAUUAGAUUCUAAUGUGCUGCAGGUUGGGGGCUCCAACAGCUCUCAUGCAUGUAUAGAAGCUCUAGUUGCAGGUAUGCGUGGAACAUUGACAACAAAGAAGCGAACCAAGAAGAGAGUCUCUCUUGUUAAUUCUGUGUCAUCCAGUACAAACUGGGAGCAAUCCCAAGGAAAAAUCAUCUUAUACAAUCAGAACCAAUUCUCAGCCAAGUCAUUAGGUGCUCCUGCAGAAGCAAUAUGGGAACAGAUGUUUUCUAUUGAUGCAAUAGCUGAACAAUUACAGCAUCUGGACAUCAGUAGGGAAAGUAGUAGAAUCGUGCGUAAAGAACAGAAUGCACUUGUUCCUUAUGUUAUAGAAAAUAACCAACAGAGUGCACUGGUACUUUAUAGAAGAGCUGGCACUAUUGUACCAUUUACUGCAUUUGAACCCAUCAAAAAACGACACCCCCGGCCUAAGGUUGACCUUGAUGAAGAAACAAACAGAGUAUGGAAACUUUUGCUGGGAAACAUAAAUAGCGAAGGCAUUGAUGGAACCGAUGAAGAGAAGAUAAAGUGGUGGGAAGAAGAACGAGAAGUUUUCCGAGGCCGCGUAAACUCAUUUAUAGCACGGAUGCAUCUUGUACAAGGGGACCGACGCUUCUCUCCAUGGAAGGGAUCAGUUGUGGACUCAGUGGUUGGAGUAUUUCUUACUCAAAAUGUUUCUGACCAUCUUUCAAGUUCUGCAUUUAUGUCAAUGGCUGCACGUUUUCCCCUCAAAUCGAAGAGCAAUAACAGACCAAGCUAUGAGGAAGGGACAAGCUCAAUAAUUGAGAAACCACCAAUAGUGUGCAUGCCAGAUUUAGAAGAUGCCAUAAAAUGGAAUGAGGUUCCAAAUCAAUCAAUUUGUGACCAAAGUUCUAUGAACCUCCAUGACUUUGAGCUUGAUGAAGAAAGAGAGGUAGUCAACAGCAAUGAAUCCUCUACAAGCAGUAUUGGAAUUGUUAGCUCCAGAUGUGGUCUGGAAACAUGCUACGAAUCAAGAUCAACCACAGAGAUCACCAAGUCAGUAGAUACUCGUUAUAUUGGAGACAUGAGAAGAGCAACAAAUGAUGCACUCUCAUCUCAAAAUUCUGUGGUUUCAUCUCAAAACUCUGUGGACUCAACAAGUGCUCAAACUGCUGAAAGAAAAGAAGCAAUCUCCGGAAACAACUCAGAAGCAGAUCCAGUUGAUGGGUGCAAGUUCAACUCUUUAGCGAGCUCUAGUUCUUUUAUGGAGCUUUUAAUAAAAGCUGGUUCCAACAAGCUACAUGAAGUUUACAGUCCUGGCAAUGGCAUGGUCUUAUUUGAUCAGAACUCAAAAUAUGAGUUCAACAAAACCCAGAAUGUGGGAAAUGACUUCCACAUGGAAAACACAUACAAUGUAGAUAGUUCUAAAAUCUCCUUGGAUGGGCCUGUGACCCCAUCCAAUAACUGUCAUUCACAUCCUAUCUCUAACUUGGGAGUUUUGGCGGAUGAGUGCUUUAAGAUCAUUACUGAGGAAACAGGGUGUUACAAAAUAUCCAAGAGCAACAGCAGAAACGAUAUGAAAGAACUAAGUUCCUUUGCAGAAGAAUCCGCCAGUCAAAUUACAGAUGAAAACAAUCUGACCAUGACAGCUCAGGAAGCACCAAGAUCUCCAACUGCAAAUGGCCCUUUUUGCAGCGAGAUUCAAGAAGAUAUGCAUUUGACUACCCAGACUCAAAGUGGGCUUGUUGGAGACGUUAACAUUGUCAGAUCACUGACUCAGGUAGAAAACAAUGAAAUGCAGCAAAACUUCUACUUGCCAAAUCUGUCAAGAGAAACCCUGAGUAUUGUGGAAAGUAUUAACAAGAAAGAAAAGAAUUCACAGAAAACAGCGGAAUCAAACUUGAUUGAGCAUGGAUUUUCAGAAAUUAAAGAGCUUAAUGAGAAGAAUGCUGCUGCUACCAGGAAAGCAAAAAGCAGAAGGGUUGGAAAGGAGAUAAGAGCUGAUGUUGACUGGGAUGAGUUGAGAAAACAGGCAGAAGCAGAUGGGAGGAAAAGAGAGAGAAUACCGAACACAAUGGACUCGUUGGACUGGGAAGCUGUACGAUGUGCAGAAGUUCAUGAAAUUGCAAAAACAAUCAAAGAGCGUGGAAUGAACAACAUGCUUGCAGAACGAAUAAAGGAUUUCCUUAAUCGAUUGGUAAGAGAACAUGGAAGCAUUGAUCUGGAAUGGUUGAGAGAUAUUCCUCCUGACAAAGCAAAAGAGUAUCUGCUAAGCAUAAGGGGAUUGGGACUGAAAAGUGUGGAGUGCGUACGGCUUCUGACACUACACCAUCUUGCUUUUCCUGUUGACACAAAUGUUGGACGCAUAGCUGUGAGAUUGGGCUGGGUACCCCUUCAGCCACUGCCUGAAUCACUUCAGUUGCACCUGCUAGAGCUGUACCCGGUGCUGGAAUCAAUUCAAAAAUAUCUUUGGCCCCGGUUGUGCAAACUUGACCAAAGAACAUUGUAUGAGCUACACUACCAGAUGAUCACAUUUGGAAAGGUAUUCUGCACCAAAAGCAAACCCAAUUGCAAUGCAUGUCCAAUGAGAGGAGAAUGCAGACAUUUCGCAAGUGCAUUUGCAAGUGCAAGACUUGCCCUGCCUGGGCCAGAGGAAAAAGGUAUAGUGAGUGCAACAGAAAACAGAACAAAUGAGCAAAACCCUGCUACAAUGGUUGAUCAACAGCUACUUCUUCCACCCCAGGAAACUGAACAAUCAGUUCAAAAUCAGCUGUCACAAUCAAACUGGCAAUCAGAAGCAAGAUAUGGAGUCAGUUAUUGUGAACCAAUUGUUGAAGAGCCAUCGUCACCAGAACCAGAACGCAAACAAAUAACAGAAAAUGAUAUGGAGGACACCUUCUGUGAGGAUCCUGAUGAGAUUCCUACAAUCAAACUUAAUAUUGAAGAGUUCACUCAGAAUUUGCAGAACUAUAUGCAAAACAAUAUGGAACUUCAAGAAGGUGACAUGUCAAAGGCAUUAGUUGCUUUGACAGCAGAAGCUGCUUCUAUUCCUACACCCAAGCUCAAGAAUGUGAGUCGACUACGAACAGAGCACCAAGUAUAUGAACUUCCGGAUUCCCACCCUCUCCUGCAAGGGUUGUAUAGGCGAGAACCUGAUGACCCGUGCUCAUACCUGCUCGCUAUAUGGACACCGGGUGAAACGGCAAACUCCAUUCAACCACCUGAAAGCAGGUGCAACGCCCAAGAAUAUGGAAAACUGUGUGAUGAGAAGACAUGUUUUUCUUGCAACGGUGUACGGGAAGCAAAUUCACAAAUUGUUCGGGGAACUCUUUUGAUACCAUGUCGAACGGCAAUGAGAGGGAGCUUUCCCCUGAAUGGCACAUAUUUUCAAGUUAACGAGGUAUUUGCCGACCAUGAUUCUAGCCUGGAUCCAAUUGAUGUUCCUAGAUCUUGGAUAUGGAAUCUACCGAGACGAACUGUAUACUUUGGGACAUCCAUACCGACGAUUUUCAAAGGUUUGACAACAGAAGGUAUUCAACACUGUUUCUGGAGAGGAUAUGUUUGUGUGAGAGGAUUCGACCAGAAAACAAGGGCACCUCGUCCUCUAAUGGCCAGGCUGCAUUUUCCAGCCAGCAAGUUAAAACAGAAUAGAGGCAGGGAUUCAAAUGAUUAGAAUACAACGCCAACCAAUAAUCAACAAUAUUUCCAGAGUAGAUGACAUGUUUGGAUAACAAUAACCCGUAGCAUCACAUCUACAUUCGACCAAUGUAACUUGUUUCUCAUAGUAACUUGUACGAUCCCAUGAUGUAUGAGCAUGUAGCGUGUACAUGGUUAACAAAGUUGUAAUUUUAUCAAUUUUCUUAAUGUUAUGCUCGUAUUUGAGCCAUUCUUCUGAAACAA